AUGCACGCUUUUACUAUUGCCGCCAGUGUCCUGGCAUCCACUCUCUUCUCCAUUACAGCAGCUGCUCCUGCUCCGGGGCCUGCAACUCCUCGAGUUCGGGGCCAGCUCGCUGUCUACUACGGUCAAUCGGGCACGGCCUUCGAAGACCUUUGCGCCGACCCGAAUGUCGACGUCGUCCCCAUUGCUUUCCUCACCAAGUUCGCCAAGGAACAAGGCGGCUUCCCCGAGACCAACUUUGCCGCCAACUGCUGGGGAAGCGAGUACUGGAAGGACACAAAGAUCUUUGACAAAUGUCACACCUUCAUCAACACCAUCCAGAAAUGCCAAGACAAUGGCAAGAAGGUUCUGCUCUCAAUGGGAGGUGAUGAAUCGGUUUCCGAUGUGAGAUUGUCGAGUCCCGCCUACGCUCAACAGGUUGCGCAACAGCUCUGGAGCAUCUUCGGCCCCGUCCAGGCUGGUUACACCGGUCCCCGUCCCUUCGGCAGCGCCGUGGUUGAUGGUUUCGACUUCGAUGUUGAGGGCAACCAGGCUAGUGCCAACCAUGGCGUCCUGGCCACUGAACUCCGCGCACUCUUCGCUACCGAUGCUUCCAAGACUUACUAUCUCUCUGCGGCUCCCCAAUGUGGCUUCGGUGACGCUCUCAAGUCUGCUCUUGCCACAGGUGCCUUUGACUAUGUCUUUGCCCAAUUCUACAACAACGAGUGCCAAGCCCGUGGCUACUUCACCGGUGGCAGUUUCUCCCAAACCUGGUCUCAGUGGUCGAACUGGCUUCAAUCCACGUCCCCCCAGACCCAACUGUUCCUAGGUCUGCCUGCAUCGCCUAAUGCUGCUGCUGCAGCUUGGCGAAGCGGUUUCCUGAGCACUGAUGAGGUGAAGACCGUGGUCAACUCGAUCGGCAACAGCCCCAACUUUGGCGGUCUGAUGCUGUGGGACUAUGGCAAUGCUGUCGCUAACGAUGCCAACUACCUCUCCGGGUGCAGGGGUGCCAUUGGUGGCCCUAAGCCCCCGCACACCACCACCACAACAACGACAAGCUCUACUACAACCACCACCACCACCACCACCACCACUACCACCACCACUACCACCACUAGCCCCACUACCAGCAGCACCACGACCACCACUUAUAGCCACCCCAGUCAGCCGACUAGCUCGUCCAGCACAAGCACAACUACGACCACCACAUAUAGCCACCCCGGCCGGCCGACGAGCUCAUCAAGCUCAAGCUCAAGCUCAACCACGACCACCACGUAUAGCCACCCCGGCCAGCCGACGAGCUCGCCAAGCACUGCAAGCACCACAACUACCUCAAGCAGCUCUACGACCACAACAUGGGGCGGACAUCCUCAACCCACCGAGAUCUGUGGCCAGGCCGGCUACGACCUGGGCAAGCCAGCAGCCUCCUUGGUAUACACCGGCGCGAGCUCGUUCGCCUCUUGCAAAGUCUACUGCUCUGAGUUCAAGAGCUUCGCAGUCAGUGCCGACCAGUGCCUCUGCUACCCCAGGUCCGUGGAUGGUAACUUCAAUGCCGUGGAAAGCAGCCCAUUCGUCUUCUACGACGCGACUUGCAAGCUGCCAGUGAGCCCGACUUCCUCGACCACCACGACCUAUAGCCAUCCUGGCCAGCCAACUACAUCGAGCACCUCGAGCACUACCACAACCUAUAGCCACCCCGGCCAAGCGACCUCAACCACGACUAAUCCUGGUCACCCAACCUCUGCCACCAGCAGCACUACUGAGGUAACUUCAACUACAUCGGAAUAUUGGGGCGAUCAUGACACUUUCACCUCAUCAACUACGAGGGACACUCUCCCAACCACGAGCGCCUCGAGCACCACUCAGGACUACUGGGGCGACCACGGUACCUUCACCUCCUCAACAACGAAGGAUACCAGCCCGACCACGAGCUCAUCUGCAACUGAUGGCUACACCUGGUCUGACGCAACCUGGACCCCUACUGCCACCUCCACCAAGCCUGUAAAGCCCACAGGAAGCUCAAGCAUCCCCGUUGCUGACGACACGACCUCCUCGUACGUCUGGUCUGACUUCGAUGAGCCAUCCAGCACUCCAGUCUCGCCUGCUUCAACCACCUCCGCAGCGUGGUCGGAUGUUACCGUCAUUCCCACAGGCACCGCAUCUGUUCCCGCAGGCCAAUCCACUCGCACUGUCGUCCAGACCGUCGAUGUCACCGUCACCGAAUGCGACUGCACCUACGAGCCAACCAGCAGCCCCGUCGCCCCCACCUCCGUUGCCCAAUCCUGGAGCGAUUACACCGCACCUGCCGUCCCGACCGUCGCCACCACUAUUGCCGUGGUCCCCAUCCCCUCCGGCACCGCGAAGCCCAGCUCUCCCGUUUCUCCUGUCAGCAGCGACAACGGAGCUAGCCCUGUGUCCCCCUUCACCGGCGCCGCCGCAGAGCAGCAACUGACCAGCACUGUCUUCUCCGUCGCCGUGUGCGUUGCGGUCGCCGUCGCAGGCCUCUUCCUAUAA